AACACUCCAUUUACAUUAAACAACCUGAAAUGAGCACUUUCUCUCUGUCUUUGGUGAAAACAAACCCUCAACUAUUACAAAAUACAACCUCAGUGACUACACCGUCUACAUCAGAAAGUACUACAACUCUGAAACUACAAUACACUUCAAGUUGAACUUGAGCUGUGAAGUACCACGACUAUCUUUUCAGCUAUUCCAAUAUCUUGACAUGGACAGAAGAUCAGGCUCAAGAAACCAGGGAUUUUGGCCAAUGCAGUUUGGUGCUGCAUCAUACGGCCCAAACAGGCUGGCUGCAGUGCGGCUGCAGCACUGCGAGCAGUCUCCUAACUCAGUUGUGCAGGGACUCAGAGAUGCCCUGUACUCUGCCAUCACUGAGAUAAAGUCUCUCAAGGAAGAAAACAAAGCCCUGAAGGAGCAGGUCGGUCUGCUGGAACACAGGCAGGUGGAAGUGAGCCAGCUCCAAGAGGAGCUCAAACAAAAAGAUGACCUCCUCAAAAGGGUCACCGAAAAAAGGCGGGCUAGAACAAGAGCCCAUGUGGAGACCCUGGACCUGCUGACGCAGAUGGAGAAGGAGCUGAAGAGGAGUGAAGAGAGGUGGAAGAGCACAUGUGAUGCUCUGGAGGCGAGUCUCAUGUCUAAGAACAACCAGCUGCAGAAUCUCACUUUCAGCACAAAGGAGCACAAGCAGUAUGAGAGAAUUGCUAGAGAGGAGGAAGAGGAGAGAAAUGAGAAGAAAAGACAGGAAGCCAAAGAAAAGAUGGAGGAAAAAGAAAAGUUGAAGAAAGAGGGGAAAGAAAAAAUGGAGAACAAAGAAAAGGAAAAAGAGGAGAAAGAGAUGAAAAGGAGUGGGGAGAAAGAAAUUAAUGAUACAAAAGAGGAGAAGGCAAAGAAGAAGAGGGGAGGAAAAGAAGAACAUGGGUGCAAAAUAAAAAGCAACAGGAAGGAAAAGAAACCUGCUGCUUUGACACAGGUCAGACACCAGCUGGACAUCCUUCCUCUAGAAACCCCUACCUCUACCCUUUACCUACCUCACCCACACCCCUCUUGCUCCUGAAACCCCUACACCACCCCUCCCCCUUUCUACCCCCCUAACCCGCCACCCCAUCCUUUACCCCACUUCAACCUCCCCCACCCCUUCCUCACCCAACCCUUCCUGUGCAUUUAUUAAAUAAUGUGACACUUUCCUAAAUCCAGUUCUGUUAAUGUAAAUUAUAUCUGACUGUGUGUGCGUUUUAGAAUGUAGUGAUCAUUUUAAUUUAUUUGUACAGGCUCCAUGGCACUUAUCAAGUACUACAGCAUUGCAGUACAUUAUUUGUGUAAUGCUCACACAGACACGAACAUGAGUUGCCAUUAGCUAAAGCAGCAGAAAGAAAGAAAAGUUCAUUUUGAUGUUCACAGGAACAGCAGGAUGGAUUCCGUUUCUUUGCUGAAUUAAAGUGAUCCAACAAGA